CUCUGAUUGAUAUCAAAGUCUUUCUCAUAGUAGGGGUUUGAAUCUUGUUUUUUUUGUGGUAGGUUGAUUGAAGACUCUAAAUUGUCCGUAGGGGUGAAUGUGAGUGUGUAUGGUUGUUUGUUUGUUUCUAUGCGCCCUGCGAUUGGCUGGCGACGGGUUCAGGGUGUACCCCGCCCGAAGAUAGCUGAGUUAGGCUCCAGCACGCCCGCGACCCUAGCGAGGAGAAGCAGUGUAGAAAAUGGAUGGAUGGGUUGUAAAGACAAGAGGAACUGUCACAUGAGCAAGCAUGCCAUCAAAUCCAAGCUCAACCAACAGUGCAGGCAGCGGUCCAGGUCACCCUGAGGGCAUCGUCCCUAUGGUCCUGACAUCUGCUACUCAGCAGCACUUCGGUUGCGUUGCUGAUGAGGACGUCACAGGGGAGAACCCCUACAAGCUGCUGACAAAAGAUGACAUCUUAGAGGACAUGAAAACAAAGGCAGCAGUGUCUGAUUUCAGCCCUGUGAAGCAGAUUAUUCUGGAUUAUCCAGAAAGUGAGCUUUUGCUAGUUUUUGAUAGGGACUUCACCUACGGCCAAUUGUUCUAUCUGGUUGUGACACCAGAAGCCAAGGAAAGAAUCCUCAAUCCCCCUGAACCUGAGCCUGAAGAAGAUUUAGUAAAUGAAAUUGAAAUCAAAACUCCAGAACCAAAGGAAUGGAUAUCACUCGGUAGUGAAAAAGAAAUAGAUGAAGAAUCUGUCAAAGAGACAAGAGGAAAGCUAAUGUACAUGUUCUCCAGAGCUCGGAGUGAUUUUGGGAUGCCGGUCUCUUUUUUGGACCGCAAUGUUACAGAUGCCAAAGAUGGCAACCUGGAAUGUGUUUCCUACCAAGACAGACGAUUCAACAUCAAGCUGUUACAGAGGGAUUGCGGCGUGCAGGCUAUUCCCAUACUUCAGAGCAGCAGUGCCCAGACACAGUGGAAGUAUAUGAGAAAUAACUGCACACAGUACACGCCAGGAGAAUUGAGCAGAAGUGAGAAGGAGAAGACCACCCAACCAAGCUUAAGUGAUUUCUGUAAUGCAGUAACAAACAGGGUUCUGCAUGCCCUUCAGCAAGAGGAGAUUAUGAAUGUGUUCAGAGAUGACUGGAUGGCUUUGGGGAAAGAAACCGAGGACGUGGACUGGUCUGGGAAGGUGUCAGAUGCUUUGAUGCUGAAUCAGGCUUUUUCUGACCCCAGAUACUCUCAGGACAAGGAGAUCAGCUGCAUGCACUGGCAUCCCACCAUCCAGAAUGUGAUAGCUGUGGCGAUGACAGAAAAGAAGCAGCAGAAUUUGAUCAGAUCUACUGGGUCGCUCAUAGCUUUUUACAGCUUCUCUGACCCAACUCAUGUCAAGAUACUGCUAGAGUGCCCAGACGACAUACUUGCCUUUGAAUUUUGCCCCUCUGAUCCAAACAUUAUUGUUGGCGGCUGCCUGAACGGGCAGGUCGUGUUGUGGGAAAUAUCUGCUUACGUCGUACUUUUACACCCAGCCCAACAUGGUCAUCAUAAACAUGAAUCUCUCAAAACUGACAUGCUGGGGCUUGAGGACAAGAAACACAGUAAAGCUCCACUUGUGCGCUACAGUGCAAUGUCUGGAGUGGAGAACAGCCACAAAGCACCAAUUACAGAUGUCCACUGGCUGUCUCAGACAUUUGAGGUAACUGCUCAGGGCAUUCCAGUGGAGAACAAAUCCAAUAUUUCUGUUCAACUUAUCACCUGCUCCCCUGAUGGAUCUUUAAUGUUCUGGGAUAUCCGAAUGCCAAAACAAGGGCGCCAGACCGCACCAGACAAGAAGCAGAAUGAUCUGGAGUCUCAAAUGGCAAAUUACAGCGACAACAACCCUUUCAAACACUUGGAGCGGACAUGGAAACCCUUGAUCAUGGUUCCCUUGGUAAACAUGGAGCGGAACGGAGAUUAUGCCCCAAUAAGAUUCAGCCUUUAUCCCUACACCAAUAAUAUAAUUAACAGCACCACAAUCUCAGAAAAUGGUGGUGAUGGCUCAGCAGUAUCAGCAGACUACAGUCAGCUACAAAUGCCCUCAGCCAAAGGACAAACACCUCUGCCAGACAUAAAUACCAUGAUUUAUAUUGGAACACAGGAUGGGGAGAUUGUUUACACUGACUGGAAAAUGGAAAGAAAUGACCUUGAUCAACUACUUAGUCCCAAGCCCCUUCAUUUUUUCAGAAUUCAUCCGUGCCUGGUCAAUACAAUAGAGCGUUCACCCUUUUUUAAAGACAUUGUCUUGACUGGAACUUCACUAUUUGGAAGCUCCAAUAUUGCCAUUUGGAAAGAAGGAGUGUUGGACGGCCCUAUUAUCCUGUUGCCGAGCUUGGAAGGUCUAUGCACUUCAGCAUGCUGGUCUUUGACCCGGCCGGCAGUUUUCUUUGUUGGAAAAGGGGAUGGAAAAAUUGAGGUCUGGAACAUUCUGGAAAAUACGGGAGAAGCUGUGCACGUGCAAGAACACAUGACCAAUGGCAAGAUAACCAGCAUUAAACCAUGGACCGUCUCCUCCAAGCAGCACUUUCUGGCUGUGGCUGAUGAUCUUGGAAUAGUCCGUGUAUUUCAAAUCCCACCAGUGUUCUACACUGCUUCCAGGAAUGAGAAGAUGAAUGUGGGGAAAUGCAUUGAUCAGCAGCAAGAGAGGCUAAUCGAUCUUUUGAAGAGGCAAGAAGUGUGGCAAAACCAGACACCGGGAUCAGAGGAUCACAAAGAAGUGGACCCUGAGAAGCCAGGAACCCCCACAGAAGAACAAGAUGACAUGAAGGAGUAUGAUGAUUUUCUGGUGCUAGAGGAAAGCAUCCUUAAAAGCAUGGGAUUCACGCCAUAAUG